AUGGCACCGCAAGGGAACGAACCCGCGGGUUACACAUAUCAAGUGCAGAAUCCCAUGGGAGUACAACAGCAGCAGGUACAGGACCCGCGAUACCCAAGCGCUUAUCCGGCCCAGCAAGCACCUGUACAAGUACCUACACCACCCGCUCAAUCACCACCUUCUCAAGAACAGUAUCCAUUGCCUCAACCUCCUGAACCAGUAAAGCAGCCAUCAUCGGACAACAAGCCAGCAGUAGCCAUUGCGCCCGACGCUAAUCCCUUGACUCCAAACGCUCCGAGAGUGCCACAAAGAGCGAGCACCAACAUGGCCAUCGUUCCUCCGCCGCCCGAUCCGUCGCAUUUUUCGAUUGGCAUAUAUACUCCCAGUCCACAAGCGCUCAAAGGCGGAUCAUGGCAGCAUGGUCUAUGCUCCUGUGCCGAUCCUUCCACUUGUUUGACGGGACUUUUCUGCCCCUGUAUCGUUUACGGAAGGACACAAUACCGACUGGCGCUUCGAGGGGAAAGAAAAGAUCCAACAAAUAUGCUAGGUUACGCCGCUGUCAACGGAUCCUGCAUAGCAUUUGCGGCCUUGUGUGGUGUCAAUGGGUUUCUGGCGGCGAUCCAACGUUCACGGAUACGGAAGACUUACAAUAUGAGUACGGAGGCAGGCAAUGUCCCUGGUGAUUGUGUCAAGGGCCUUUGUUGCUGCUGCUGUGUCGUUGCUCAGGAUGAGAAAGAGGUACGGUUCCGAGAGGAGCAAGCUAGAAAACCCGUGGCCUCCGGCACCAAUCAGGAAGGUUAUGUGGCACCGACUGGGAUGACUUUUAAUCCGCCUCCGAGAUGA